CCUAAUAUACCAUUCUACCAUUACACAUAGACCACAGUCAAAACCAUUUAUCAUGGCGAGUUUUAACUUUGGGAGUAGCGGAGGAAGUGGUACGAACAAUAGCGCUCCGGGGGGAAACAGUAGCAGUAGAAGCGGCGGUGGCUUUUCGUUCGGUGGCUCCUCGUCCACACCCGCACCAGCUCCAGCGGCUGGAGGCUUUUCGUUCGGCGCGGGCGUUGGUGCCACCGGCGGUGCUGGAUCCACUUCCGCACCGGCGUUUGGGAGUAGCAGUGGUGGGGGGUUUGCGUUCGGGGCGCCAUCGACGGGUAGUAGUACGCCAACGCCAGCUCCAGCAUCGGGUGGUACAGUGAGCAGUACCGGAGGGUCCGGCGCCGGUGCUUUUAGCUUUGGAACGCCCGCGGUAGCUUCCAACACUACCGCAGCACCGGCUUCGGGUACUGGUUUUUCCUUCGGGGCUACACCAGUAACCGCCAAGACGAGUGACAGUAACCAGAAGCCUGCUCCAUCACAGUCAAUGGGAAGUGGUUUUAACUUCGGUGGCGCCCCAUCCACGAAACAGCCAGCGAGUACCAGUACUUCCAGUGGAGGAGGAGGAGGUUUUUCUCUCAGCAGUUCGGGUACCAGUGAUCCGUUGCCUACUUUGGGACAAAACUCUGAUAGUGAUAAGCAUAAGAGCACCACUGGUGGAUUUACUUUUGGAGACAGUAAAACACCAGCAGCAGCAUCUGCGUUUACCGGAAGCGAUGGCAAGGCUGCAUCGAACCCCGAAGGUGGCGCUUCUACGAGUGGAUUUUCCUUUGGAGGCGCUACCGCGGCUCCGGCACCGGUAGCGGCUGCCUCGACGCCCCAACCCGAAGCAAAAUCGUCCAGUUUUUCCUUUGGGGGGUCCACGCCGGCUCCGGUCAGUACACCGACACCGGCAACUCCGAAAGAUCCAGUCACUCCCGCGCCUGUACCGACCCCGGGACAAACUGCGGCUCCCGCACCGACAAUUACAGCUCCUAGCACAGAACCCGUCAAACUCGAGUAUCAAACUCUCACGGUCGAAGAAACCCUCAACGUCUUUCAAAAGGAAUUGGAAAAGGAUGCGCUUGCGUAUGUUGCCGAAGCCCUUCGAGUUGCUGAGUACGACGCGAUUUUACGGGAUUCGCAACGAGACAUGGCGAAACUCGCGCAACAGACGCAGCGAUGCCUGGUGCAGCAGGAAGAAGUCGAACGUGUGCUCACGGGCAUUGCAGCCUAUCAAACCGAAUUGGACGGUACUUUAGAAACGAUCGAAACCCACGUGGACGAGCUCUUUCAAGCUCAAGGCGCUUUGGCCACGGUCGAUGCCGAUUUGGAACGGGAACGCGCCUACAGUACGGCGGAAGCCAUCACGACGCGUUUUCAAACACUGCACCGUUCGCUCCAGGAAACGGCGCUCACGCUGGACGAUACCCGAACCCGCGUACUACAGGGGGAUGUCGGACAGAUAGUCAAGAUUCUGAGCCAACAUCAAACCAGUUUGACCGAGUUGGAAACGGUCGGGCGUCGGGUAGAACGCGACAUUGCGGAAGUGCAGAAAGCUUUGCAGCAGCACUAACACCACACAGCCUUGCGUGACAUCAAAGACAAGCUUCUCCUAGUGAUGAUUGGAUGGCCGAGAGAAGUACGGUGAGCGAAUUGAGCAAUAAGUUGCAUACCUAGCUGUUGCUUUGAAAAGAAGUAAUACUAUAAGCUCCAAACCAAGC